GAUUUAGGUGACGCCUCGAGAAAAAUUGCUAUUGCUAUUUAUAACCGUUCACCAUAUACUUUUGAGUAUCCAACAAAAUAUUUUUCUUCAGGUAAUGACACUCAGGCGCCUCCCUAUGUAGUCAAGAGUAACGAAGGUAUAGUUUGGGGUGCUUCUGGAGGCAUUUGCGGAACUGGAGGG